UACACUAGCCUACCAGCCUAAAAGAAUCUAAAAAGAAAACUCCACAGCCAAACUCGAUGAGAGCUAUAUAUAAAUCAUUUAUGUAAUUCUCUCAAAUAUUGCUUAACAUAAUUAAAAGCUUGAUUAACCAAGCACAAAAGUGAGAAGGGAAAUGGCCUCUGAAACCCCGCUUCGGCUUCCAGUCAUAGAUUUCUCAAAGCAAGAUCUCAAGCCAGGAUAUCCAGAAUGGGAUUCAGUGAAAACGCAAGUCCGUCGAGCACUUGAAGACUUUGGUUGCUUCGAGGCAUUGUACGACAAAGCUCCACUGGAGCUUCGAAAGGCGGUAUUCGGAGGCCUGGAGCAGCUUUUUGACUUACCUUUAGAAACAAAAAUGCUCAAUGUCUCCGAGAAGCCCUCUCAUGCCUAUAUUGCACCCCAUCCUAAUGCACCACUAUAUGAAAGCAUUGGGAUUGAAGAUCCAAACGUCGCUGAAAACGUCGAUUCCCUUACCAACAGCUUUUGGCCCCAAGGAAACACAAGUUUCAGCAAAAGUGUACAAUUUAUCGUAGAGCAAGUCUCGGAGCUUGAACGAAUGGUUAGGAGGAUGAUUUUGGAAAGUUUUGGCCUGGAAAAAUAUAUGGAUGAGCACAUGAAUUCGACCAAAUACCUUCUCAGGGCCAUGAAAUACAAAGCACCACACACAACUGAGAAAACGCUUGGGUCAAGAGAUCACACAGAUAAAAAUAUAGUGACGGUAUUAUGCCAAGGCAUUGAAGGGUUGGAGAUUCAAAUGAAAGAUGGUGAAUGGAUCACUGCGAAACCGGACUCUUUAACCGUGAUGAUUGGGGAUUCUCUAUAUGCAUGGUUAAAUGGUAGAUUGCACACUCCACAUCAUCGUGUUAUGAUGAGGGGACAUAAGUCGAGGUACUCAUUUGGAUUGUUUUCGAAUCCCAAAGGAGGGUACAUAAUAAAUGCCCCAGAAGAGUUAGUGGAUGAAGAACAUCCCUUGAUGUUUAAGCCCUUUGACUUCGAUAAAUUCUUGGAAUUCUUCCACUCGGAUGCUGCUCGUAAAACUCAAUCUGCCUUUCAAACUUUUGCGGUAUCAAACAGUAAUUUGGUUAUAAAAAUUUGGAGCUAA